UUACUAAGAGAAGAAAGGCUCAUCUGAAGAGGCUGGACCGCCGCUGGACCCUCGGCGGUAUAGUGAACCGCCAGCAGAGCAGAGAGGAGAAAUAUCUGACUGUCCAGCCGUACACCAGCCAAGGGGCGGAUGAGGUGAGCUUUGAGAAAGGGGUCACCGUGGAGGUAAUCCAGAAGAACCUGGAGGGCUGGUGGUACAUCAGAUAUUUAGGAAAGGAGGGAUGGGCCCCGGCCUCCUACUUGAAGAAACUAAAAGACGACUUCUCGCCUCGUAAGAAGACCCUGACGGGCCCCGUGGAGAUCAUCGGAAACAUCAUGGAGAUCAGCAACCUGCUGCAGAAGAAGUCGGUCAGCGAGAAGGACAUCCAGACAGACGGAGAGGGAAGCAACACGCCGGAGCGCCACAUCACCAAGAGCGAGAUCAGCCUGCCCAUGCCCUACAACUCCGAAAUCAACGCCGAGACGGGCAGGAGGCUGAGCGCCGGCCGAGACACCAACAGUCCCUGCCUGGGAAUAGCUGCGAGUUCUGCCCUGAGCGAGAGCAAAGUCCGAGGAGAAGCCGGGUCUCCAGCUGUGGCACGAGUGGCUCCACACAGAGUGGAAAUCGGACUGGAAGCUGUAGGGUCUCCAAACCUGAGACAAAAGCCUCCCCCAAGAAGAGAAGCCAACUUGGGCCUCCAGUUACCCAAGCCACCAGAGCCCCCUGCUGUGGAAGCAGAGUACUACACCAUAGCGGAUUUCCAGUCCUCCAUCUCCGAUGGCAUCAGUUUCCGUGGAGGACAAAAGGCUGAUGUGAUAGAGAAGAACCCAGGAGGUUGGUGGUACGUGCAGAUCGGCGAGAUGGAAGGCUGGGCGCCCUGCUCGUACAUCGACAAGCGCAAGAAGCCCAACCUGAGCAGACGGAGCAGCACUCUCACUCGACCCAAAGUCCCUCCGCCGGCUCCUCCGGUCAAAAAAGACUCCGAGGAACCCCCCCAACCUCUGAUCCCGCCCUCCAAAGCCUCGGAGCACCCCAGCAGGCCUGUGUACGAGGAACCGGAGUAUGACGUUCCCGCGGUCGGAUGCGAGGGCGACUCUGACAGCGAGUUCCUGAAGAACGAGGUGAAGGCCUGCAAGACGGUGGCUGAGAAGUACCACAGCUCCCCUCCUUCCACUAAAGCUUCACCUCCGGUCUGCAAAGCGUCCCCGGUUUUCGCUCAUCGGAGAACCUCGUUCAGGUCCGUGGAAGAGGUCAGUAAAGGGGAGUGCAUCUACGAGAACGAUGGCUUCAGGCUCAGCAGUGGCAUCGAAGGACCCAGAGUUAAAGGGUCCAGUGAACCCAGUUCCCCGCGGAGCUACCACUCCUCAACAGUCCCCAGGAAACCGUCGGGGUCGUCCCCUCUAGCCGGUUUAACCAGGCAGAACAGGACGCCGGAGAUGAGCAGGAGGAGCCAGACGCUCGGCAGACGUGUGGAUAUGAGGUCUCAGGACAGCAGCCCUCACUCUUCAUCAGACGAGCAAGGCAGAGGUCCAAAGAAAAGUCCCGCCCUUAAGCGGGAUGCUGAACCAGGAAUCGGCCAGAGCCCUUCCACCAGACCCAAGCCUUCCGUCAGACCCAAACCCCUCCUGACCAAGUCGGAGCCGCAGAGCCCGGAGAGAAUGGACAUCGGCUCUCUGAGACGGCAGCUGAGGCCGACCAGUCAGUACCGGCACAGCCUCAAACCGACCCGCGGGGACGAGUCGGAGACGGCGUCUGUGAUCUCCUCGGAGGGCUCCAUGUGUUCGCGCAGUACCUCCGACCUGUCGUCUGUGUACUCUAAAGGCAGCCGAGGGGACUCCGACGUGGAAGGCCCCACCUUGUACCGCUCCGUGGACGUCUACAAGAAGAUCCAGGACUCUGAGAUCAGCUUUCCAGCCGGGGUGGAAGUGGAGGUUCUCGAGAAGCAGGAGAGCGGCUGGUGGUACGUCCGCUGGGCCUCAGAGGAGGGCUGGGCUCCCUCGUACUACCUCGAACCCGUCAAGAGGGCAGGCGAUGCCGGUGUGCUGGAGUCAAACGGACAAAGGAAUAGUGGGAAAAAGUCCAACAGCCUGGAGAAGAAUGAGCAGCACGUUAUGGCCCUGAAUAACAUCAACAUUCAGGGUCUGACCCAGCAGCACCAAGGUUUGAGGGGGAACUCUCCUCCCAUUCCGUCCAAGCCACCCGGAGGCUUCUCCAAGCCCUCCGGGUUGGUGAACGGAGGCGUGCGGAUGAGAAACGGGGUGCGGCAGGUGGCCGUCAGGCCCCAGUCGGUUUUCGUCACCACGUCGCAGACAUCCAAGGAUUCCCACUACACGACCGGCUCCUUACGGAGAAACGAGUCCCUCGGCAGAAGCGACCACUACAGCUCUGGUUCCGCCACGCUCGGGGUUCGCAGAAACGCCUCCUUCAGUACCGUGCGACCGCACGUCGUCGUCGAGAGCCAGACGAGGCCGGUGGAGCGCUCCGGCUUGGGCUGCUCGGGGAGCGCCUUCAGCACCAGCAACGUCCCCGACGCCCUGAGCCGAGCCAGCCAGCGCAACGGGAUCCCGGUGUCCACGGUGCGCCCCAAGCCCAUCGAGAAGAGCCAGCUCAUCCACAACAACCUGGGCAGGGACGUGUACGUGUCCAUCGCGGACUACCGUGGCGAUGAGGAGACUAUGGGUUUCACUGAGGGGACGUGUCUGGAGGUGCUGGAGAGAAACCCCAACGGCUGGUGGUACUGCCAGGUGCAGGACAGCCUGCACCCCCGCAAGGGCUGGGUCCCGUCUAAUUAUCUGGAGCGCAAAAAAUGAAAGCCGGAGCUUCGCCGGAGUCCGCGUGAUGUCUCCAUAGAGCUGGGGCAGUAACUCCCCAAGAAUGUCACCCACGAUCCCCCUUAAGCAAUACGUCCCUGAACAAGUACUCUUCUAAAAAGACGGAGAAGGAAAACGUUUUAGUGACGGUUUACAGAUAAUCUUUCAGAGACUGAGAGAGAGAAAAGACGGAAAACCGAACACCUGGGAAACGGGAAGGCUGAGGAGAACAAUGAGAAGAAAGGAGGGGAGAAUAAAAAACCUCUUAAAGAGGUUUGGGUUCUGCAGAAGCCAAGCAGGAUACUGGCUUUGCUGAUUAUGAUGGCUGAUAAGUGCCUUUUGUGUUUGAUCUCCUGAUGGCAGAACCUUGAAUCAACCAAAUCCUUUUUUAACAGUGCCAUAGUCCUGCGAACACCACCGAGCAUCACCCGUACCGGUUCAGAGCUCCACCGUCACGUCCAAACGUUUCCAUUCUGGUUCCGGUUACCGAUCCCAGACUGAAGAACUGAGACUUAAGAAAAAGAUAACUGAGUUUUUACAUUUGUCUGUUUCAUCGUCGCGUUUCGAUAAAAGUCUUCCUCUGAGAAUUAUUUCUGCCGUCUUGAAACAUCUGAAGUUCAAACUAACUCUGAACUCAAAGGGAGGGAAAACUACUUAAGUUUGGACUAAUUGGCAUAAACUGGUGCUUGUGUUCUUCAAAGACACCAUUUAAAUGUGGAUUUAGUGACAAAUAUGUAAAACUUCAAGUAAGAGACAGAUAUUUUAUAUAAAACUUGUUUGGCUUUCGGACCAAAAUCCAAGACAAGACAAUUAGUUUACAGAGAUUUUAGAGUUUUAGCUCCAGACAAACCAGUUUCUCUAUGCAUUUUGUUUCAUGUACCUAAAAUAAAGCUGCUGUUGCUGCAAAAUGUUAAAUAAAUGCUGGAAGCGAGGUGAUAAAAUCCCAGGGACACUCUCAAAAUGUGAUGAAACCAAAGAGAAACAGCUUUUCAUUGGCAAAAAUUACUUUUUUAAAAUAAAAUUUCUGUCGUAUGUGAUCAAAAAAUUAAGAGGCAUUUUUCAAAAAUGUUUAAAACACAGCUUUUAAACUGUUGAAAUGUUAGUUUUCUUCUGUUCCUGGAAUCACUUGACCUAUUUUCACCAAAUUAUAGAACUAAACAUUAUAUAAAACGUUAGUUAUUGGUGUCCAUUACAGUUCUUAGGAUUUACCAGUUUAUUAAACAUUUUAGCUCAAUCUUAUUCAAUAAAGAACCUAAAAUCCUGUAAAUAAUAAAAAUAAAUAUAUCAAAAUGUAUUCCCCCACAAUAGAGUACAUUCAGAGUUAUAACUGAACUAUUAAAUUUAUCAUCGGCUGAUGUUCAAGACUGCUGAAAUACAUUUUCUCACACACAGGUUAGGCUCCUUGUGUAUUUUAUUUUAUUAUGUUUCUGCUGGACAGUAUCAUAAUCUUUAACAGAGUACAUUAUCUGCUCAAAGUCUAUUUUAACGAAACCAUAAGAGUUUUUCUUCUUUGCUCCGUGAUUACACAACAGCAAUAAUGAGGAACGAAGUGGUUCUGUUUUGUGAAAUUAGUGCACUUUAAAAGUUUUUUUAUGGUGCAUUAAUGUAAAGAUGCAGUAAAUAAUCAGCAUAUUAUUUAUUCUCUAUUUUUUUGUAAUUAUUUAAAUUUGCAGCUCAAACUCCAAUGUGUAUGUCAGCUGUUUUGAUGUAAUUGGCGAAACAGAGACCUCGUGUGGAGGUUGAGAGGUACUACAACAACAUUUGCUACCUCAGUGCAAGAAGACAUUGCGCUGCUGGUCAGUGAGUAUCUCUGAAAUUUCAUAUUUUUUCAUCUCAGUGCAGCUAAAUUUACUGAAUUAAUUUGUUACUAUUUAAUUUUCUUAUCAGGAAAUAAUUUAUUUUGUAUUUCUUUAUGCUGCAUGCUGCAACUUUGGCAAAUCACGAGCACUUCAUUCAUCUUUAUUGGCCUUUACAUAAUGCCUGAUUUACUUUUAUUUAUUAGGAGUUUUUUUUUUUUGCUCUACAUAAUUUAACAAUCAGCAUUUUCACUCAUUGUGUUCAGUUGCAGCCAUAAACCUCAAUAUGUUUUUUGGGAUUUUAUGUGUAGAGCAUAAUUAUAAAGCGGAAGGAGGUGGUGGAUGGGCUCAUAAUGUACGAACUCUCUGAGUCCUCCAUGCAGCUGCCCCCCCUCUUCCAUCCGUGAUCCAAACCCUGAUAAAUCUGGCUGCAAUAAAUCCCAACUUUAAGGGAAAAUAGACGUUUGGACCUUGAGCUGAAACCCGAGUGAGGAAACUGAAUUGUCCCUUUAAGACGAAGGCAUUAUGUAAGCGUGUUGGAUCACUUUAGCUCAUGUUACGGCUGCAUAUGGCUUUCUUUGGUCGCUCUGAACCUUUGUUCAAGGGAAUCUCUCUGUACCAAAUCUACAUUUGUUUGUGCAGCAUUUAUCUUAUCUACGCUUUAAAUGUCUUUUUUUUUCUCUCCCCAUGUUUUAUUUGACAAACGUUGAAAUGUACCCGUGAGGAUAUGUGCAAUAGACAGAGACGGCGCCGUGGAUGUAAACAUCCUCCGCGGAGGAUCGGCGUCCCGCAUCGAACCGCCGGCGCUGAGCUUGUUGCCGACGUCUGUCUGAGUCGAGGCCCUGAAAGACAUCGGACCAAAGCGGGAGCAGGAGGAUCUCUGCUGAAGCCCACUCCCGAGUCACAUCGCAUCCAUCUGGCAGCCUCUCCACACCCGGAGAACGACCGGCCCCGUCUUCAGGGGGCCCUCAGCGGCCCCGCUUUCAGCUGUCACGUUUGUGCCUGAAUGGAGUUCUGAUAUUUCUUUGUGUCUUGUUGUGUUUUGCUUUCUUCACCCUCGGGAGCGCGUCCUCUCUCUCAACCUGCAGGAACGUCUCUGCUGACAUUUACCCCCCCCCCCCCCCCCCCUCGCUGUCAGAUCCCCCUUCGCCGCCGUUCACCACAGUAAAGGUGACAUUUGGAAGCGUAGGUGAUGGCGCGCUUGGUGACGUCGGCUGGAGCGAGACCCGAGAGACGAAUGCUCCUCCGGGCAGUUUCAGUUCAACCCAUCGACUUCCAGGAUGUUCACCAAACAGGAAAAUCUGUUCUUUUUCUCGGCGCAGGGCCCCCAGCAGGCCGCACUGAUGUGCUACAGGUCAGCGCACACAGGUCUCCGCCAUGUUAGGGGCUAGGAAUCCUUCACUUUUAAUACUCGGAGUCAAAUCAAAGGAACAAAUCUGCCGCUGAGAGUUCGAUGAAGAGCUUGAAACCAUUCUCAGACCUCGGGAGUGAACGCUGAAGAUGUCCAGGAUUCCAGGAUUCAAACUUCAAACGCUGCAGCUUCAACGUAACUCAAUCCCAUCUGAUCAGCUGCAAAUGGAACCGAUUUUCUGUUUUUCCACUGGAAAGUUUGGAAAUUUGGAACAUUUGGCAAUAGCUUAACAGGUGCAUGUCAGAAAGCUUACAACCCCAAGGAUGAACAUAUUUAACUUUAUGACUACAUUCAAUAACGUCUAAAGGUUAAAUCUAGUAAAAGUAUAGAUUUACUACAAAAAAGUAACACUUUUACCUCUGUUGCUGCAGCUUCACCAUAAAAGCUCAGAAAUGGUGAAAUAGUUCAGAUCUGCUGGGCUUAACCAUGUUCUGGUGGUAAUGUAGCAGGAUUUGUUUCCAAGGUGUAAAAUCAGACGUUUUUUCGUGAUUAGGGAUUCAGUUUGACUACAACACAGGCGACAUUUCUGAGCUCCUGAGUCAGAAGAAUCAAACCUGUCCAGCCUGAUUUAGUUUCAGUUAAAAGCUGGAAAGCAGGAAGGAUUUGCUAAAAGUUGGGAUUUUUGUUGCUCGCGUCGUAUAAAUGAACCGGAAGUUGCCCAGUGUCGGGAUUCCAAGUCUGCAAUGUAGGAAUCUUUUCCUGUAGGGAAGUGGGAACUGGGUCCAAUACGACUCGCUGUGGCAACCGCUGAGAGGGAAAACUGAAA